AUGGUUUCACCAGCAACGAUCAAAGCUCUGCUGCGCGAGCUCACUGCACUUCAAGUCAAUCCUCCUCCUGACAUUCGAGUCUCGCUAUCGGAAUCCGAUAUGCUCUCCUUUCAGGCCUACAUUCUCGGACCCUCCUCGACCCCCUACGCUGGAGGCUAUUUUCGCAUAGCCUUUGAUUUCACCAAUGUCGACUUUCCCACCCAUCCCCCGCGUUGCACGUUUGCUACACCCAUCUUCCACCCCAAUGUUUCGCGCUCAGGAGACAUUUGUGUUUCGUCUCUGAAAAAGGACUGGAAGAAAGAAUACGGGAUCGAAAGAAUCUUGACCACAAUCAAAUGUCUGUUGAUCGAGCCUAACCCAGAUAGCGCAUUGGAUGCCGAAGCCUCAAGAUUGAUGCAAGAAAACUGGGACCACUACGCCGAAACGGCGAGUCUGUGGACCAGUGUUCACGCAGCUACCAGGCCACCUUGCUUCGACGACAACACCAUACCAUCAUGCCAGUCCAAGUCGCAAGCGCUACACAUUCAUCCUCCGUCCGAUUGCUCUGCUCCAGCGUCCAGGUCUGCUCCUCCGCUCAAAGCGACAACUAUCAAGCCGAGCGUCCUUGCCGCACCAAAGCCCAACCGUUUACGCCGUCUCUGA